CUAAUAUCCCCAAUCUAAUUCAUGUCAUUCCAUGAAGAAUUUGUAAUAUUGUAUUUACAAUUCUGGAACGGUGAUUUGGAAAUGGAAAUUUCUACUCAAAAACACCUCCACUGGCCCCUACAUGAUCUACAUGGGUUUAUGAUCUCAACGUUCUUUGAGGAAUCCCUGAUGUAAUUUGAUCGUAAUUCAGUUGGGACACCAACAACUCAGGUACAUAACUUUCCUAAGCGACUCUUCCGACCGCUUCAAUUUCUCGUCACCAAAAUCUAAAGUAUUCUUACCAAACUCAUCUCUGUUUGGUAAGAUAAAGGUCAUGGUCAAUCAGGCAGUGAAGUGAACACUGAACUCUCAUUCUUAAGAGAGGAGAAGACAUGUGGUUUUCCAUUAAACACUUUUUCUGUUUCAAGCUUUUCCCUUCCUCUGCAACUCUCCCUUCAGCCCUUUUUCAUCUUCAGCCUCUGCCUCUAUCAAUCUACCCUUCUCGUCUGCUCUUUUUCUUUUUCUUUCUUCUCUAGCUAUGAACAUGACCUUGCAACAGUUUUGCAGCAGCAGCACUGUUAACUCAUGGAAUUGGCUUAGUAAUCAUUUUUCUACCUCCUCUUCCCCUCCUUCAAUGAGGUUUUUAGCUGAUAUGGGCUGUCUCUCCUAAGUGCUUUAUUCUAAUGGAGAAGAAGUGUUGGAGGAUGGGGAGAGAAGAAGAAGAAGAGGGGGUUUCUGGUGGUUGAUGGUUAAGGAAGAAGAAAAAAGGUUGAAGUGGUCAGAGAUGCGUCACCCGACGAAUUGCAUGUCAACGCCAGAGAGUGCUUGAACUAAGAAUAUGAGUGUGCUUCAAUUUAGUUCUAUCAUCUUGAAGAAGGACAAUCAUGGAAUCUCACAUCAUGGGGUAGUUUAGAGAUUAUAAAGAAUAAGGUAAAGCUGAUAUCAUCACUUAACGGUACUUUCUUGUGAACAGGGAUGAUUGAUAGAAUUUUUCAGAUUAAGGGGAGAGGGAGGGUGAGGGGAGUGAUAAUUUUUGAAAAACCUAUGGUUACAUGAUAUUUCGAGUAACUAAGAGGAGUGAUAAUUCCUCUAAAUAAUAAUUUAAAAUCCAACACUCAUGUACUGAAUUAGAUUUCGUUACCUUUAAUUGCAUGCUAAGAGGGUUGGCAAAUAGCAAGGGCCGCGGUGUACUCGACUGUUUGAUAGAAUGCCUUGUUAGGAAAUAGAAACGCAACAGUUGUCUCAUGGAAUCUCAAGUGGGUGACUACAAGCAAGUGCUCAAGGAAGGUGGGUUCAUGGUUACAUUGACAAGUGUGGGAUUGAGCAUGAUAGAUAAUAGAUAAUUGGAAUGCAAUGAUCAAAGGCUUGGCAACAAGUGGUCAGAUCCUGGCUCUCCAACUUUUUCAGAGAUGGGAUCUUCGGGAGGUUCACCCAAUGCGAUAACAUUUGCCUCUGUUUUGAAUGCCUCCAACCAUGGGGGUUUGGAAGUCUGGAGUUUUCCAGAAUUGAACCGGACAUCGCAUACUAGUCAGUCAAACACGUAACCAAACUUUUCCACAUGGCUCAGAACUCAAGGCGGCUACGCUUCGCAUCAAUUAUAGAGUUUUCCAGUUCAUCUUUCGUGAGGAAUUCAUCAAUCCAGGUACCCUUAUCAUGACCCGUUCUUGUUCAUUUAUAUAUAUAUAUGGGGAUAUUUGGUUGUGUUGCAAAUACAAAGAAAAAAAAAAAAAAACAGAGCAGGUUGAGACUUUCAGCUGAUUCCAGAGAUAAAGAUAUAGAGAUAUUUUGAAGAGACAGAAUAGAAUGUAUUUGACAAGAUAUCUGUCCCAGUACAAGCAAUUCCCCAGCUCUCUCUCUUUACCUCCACCUGAAGGUCCGAAUUCUGGUUAUCUUGUUAUUCAAGAUGAAGAUUCUAUAGGUACCACUUGUUUUGGGUUGUGCAAAGAUAAAUACAUCCACGAGAUGCCAUUCCCUCAAAACAAGAUCCUUACUGUCGAAUACUCAACAACGUCUGGACAUAACCCUACAACAGGGACACAGAACCAUGUUCGUUAUACUGAUGAUGUCUAUUUCAUCCCAGCUCUUAAUCAACCUUUAUCUUCCAAUCGAUACUACGUUAUAAAGGCACAUGGCCGACAUAAAGGGGAAGCAUAUGCAACUUCGAAUGAGGAAGAGACUUGUUGCUGUUUCAACACUAUUAAGGAAAUGAAGCCCAGAGAAUUGGAUCACAAGGAUGUGUAUCAGCAGAUUGAAGUCAUAGCUUUGGAGAUGACAUGUUGUGGUCCUAGUGGUUAUGUUGCCAGAUCUGUAGCUCAAGAUGGGGUUCCUCCGCGGUUCCUAGCGAGAAAAGGAUGGAAGGUUUAUACUUCAACUCCACGCCAUUACCAGUUAUGCGAAGCUCAGGGCAUCAACUACUCUCUCCGGGCACGGCUACCACAGUUUGAUUUCCCAUUGUCUACUAAGAGCUCUGAGAUUAUGGUUGUGGGGAAGUGGUACAGUCCGUUCAUGUUUAUAAAUGAAGAAGGAAAGUUGAAAGAUCAGAUGAAGAGAUCGAUGUUUUAUGAGAUCACACUGGAGCAACAGUGGAAACAGAUUUAUGAAGGGGAGAACAAUCUCAAUGACCAUAAUAAUUUUGUGGCUGUGGAUGUUUCUGUUCAAAGAGAGGUGGCACUGCUCUUUGGCAAUGAAGCUCUACAUAAUCACACUCAAGUGACUGAAGGUGUGAUCUGGUUUAGUACUGUAAAUGGAGAGGGCAGAGGAGGAGAAUCAAAGGUGGGAUUGAGUUCGGCAGUUAUGGAGAGGAUGAGAUGGGAGCAAGAAAGAGUGGGAUGGGUUGGUGGGAAUGAAAAACAAGUGAGAAUUGAAAGGGUAGAAGAGUUUGAAGGAGGGAAGGAUGGGUGGAAGAAAUAUGGUUGUUAUGUAUUGGUGGAGAGGUUUGUGUUUAAGAGAAUGGAUGGAAGCUUGUUACUAACCUAUGAGUUUAGGCAUGCCCAUCAAAUUCGAAGCAAAUGGGAAUGAGUAUUAGUGACCUACUACUACUAUAUAUGAGAUAUAGAUACCCUUUUUUUUUAUUCUUCAUUUUAAUAUUGGUGACAACAUUAGAUUGCAUUAGAUCAUUGUAUCUAUGGAAUAUUGGAAUAUGGAGUGAAUAUUAUGUAAACUUCGCUUAUUUUC